AUGGUAGAUGCACGUUUGGUAAUGUCAUAUCUAUGGCAAAAAAUGAUACAGAUGCAAUUAGCAACAAAUAUGAGGGCAACACAUGAUUCAAGUUUUAGUGAAUUCGUAUUACGAGUAGGAAACGGUGAAGAACAGACUGAAUCAGAAGGUUUGAAACGCAUUCCAGAUGAAAUGUUGAUACAAUACAGAGAUUUGGUUGAAGCUGAAGAGGAAUUGAUAAAGACAAUAUUUCUUUCAUUACAUGAAAAGACUCAUUCGACUGAAUAUAUUAAAGAAUGGCCAAUCUUGGCAACUAAAAAUGAAAUAGUAGAUAAAUUAAAUGAAAAGCUUAUUGAGCAAUUUCCAGGAGAUAGUGUUACGUAUUACAGCUUCGAUUCAGCAACUGAUGAUGCAUAA